AUGUCCGGGUACAGCCGGGAGGUGCAGCUCGCCACCAGCUUGCUGUGCAGCAGCUCCGGGUCCAUGGAGCUGCUGCAGCUGCACCGCAAGCUGCUGCAGCGCGUCGACAUCACCGAGCAGGAGUUCUGCUUCAUCGUCCAGAAGUGUCCCCGCUUCCUGUUGGUCGGCGGCCCGGCGGGGGGCCUCACCGUGGUGGCCCAGACGUCCCUGCGGCUGUGCGGUCGAUACGGUCGGGAGGAGAGCGGAGGCUGCAGCCAGGAGGACUGUCCACACCUCCACCUGUGCAAGUUCUUCAUCUACGGAAACUGCAGGUUCGGCAAGGGCAGGAAGCCGUGUAAAUUCUCCCACGACAUUCGUUCGGGUCGCAACUUUGACUUACUGAGAGAAUGCACAUUGCACGACCUCGACGAGGAGCAGCUGUUCCUGCUACUGCUGCAGAACGACCCCGCCCUGCUGCCAGAGGUGUGUCUGCACUACAACAAAGGCUGCGGUCCUCAUGGCAACUGCACCUUCAGGGAGAGCUGCACCAAGGUGCACCUGUGUCAGCACUUCGUCCAGGGCGACUGCAUGUUCGGAAGCAAGUGUAAACGCCAGCACGCCAUUGACCAGGAAGGCCGCCGCAUGCUGGAGGAGAGGGGACUGAGCGCUGAUGUCAUCCACGAGCUGCCUGUCAUCUACAGGAACAUCCACCACCUCACCGCCGCCGCUGCCACAGAGACGUCUCCUGAUUCGUCGUAUCACGCUGUGGAUCAGACGGAUGAGCGGACAGAGAUCUGUCUGCACUUCACCAGAAACAGCUGCAGGUUUCAGAACGAGUGUCGCCGUGUUCACUUCCACCUGCCCUACAAGUGGGAGGUGUUUGAUGGCUUCACCUGGAUGGAUCUGCCGCACAUGGAGGACAUUGAGCAGGACUUCUGUGACCCGUCUAAGAUGCACAGCUGUGGCGUCGACUUCGUGACGAUGACUCAGGAAUCGCAGCCCGUUCGCCGCCUCUCCACAGUUUCCUCGGUAACAAAGCCGCCUCACUAUGUCCUGACAACCGAGUGGCUGUGGUACUACAAGGGAGACCACGGGGACUGGGUGGAGUACGGACAGCCGGACGAGAAGCAGCGCACCAUGUCAGUGACAUCACAGACUCUUGAGGAGGCGUUCCUGCGUGACAGAACCGCCGAGGUCAAAGUGGUGAAGGGCCACAGAGAGUACGUCAUCAGCUUCACAGACAUGUACCAGAGGAACCACAAGCACAACACCAAGAGGAGGGUCUGCCGGCGGCCUCGCUUCGUCUCAGUGGCCCAGGUCCAGAACCAGAAGACAACCCUAAACCUGAUGUAGGUCUGUCUGGUCAGACUGGACCUGGUAGCCCUGACAGACAUGAGGGACCUGAUGCAGUGCCUUAUCUCAGUUGAACAUACCUGGACUCAGACUGUCUCUGACGUCACCUCUUUACUGGAAAUAUCUUCCUGACUUGACCUGACAGACCUGACGGACCUGAUGGUCCUGAUGGACCUGAUGGACCUGAUGGACCUGACAGAUCCAAACUCAGUGAUUCAAACUGCUACUCUGUUACUAAAUACUAUCUUACAUAAUACUAUGUUACAUAAUACUCUGUUACAGGUCAGAGUCUGAACUGAAAAUGUUGCUGCAGUAAAUAUGAGUCAAUAAAAUCAGGAAAUUGUAACUCAAGUAUUAAAAGUACUUUAAAGUAACUGACCUAAAAUGUAACAGCAAAAUGUUUGUCAGAAACAGUUUCCAGUUAAUUUCCUGUCAGUCAGCUGAUUGAUUAAUUUUUUCAGCUCCACUGUUGUUUAGUUUAAUUAAUAAUCAUCACCAUAUUUUAUAAACUCAGUGUCAGAUUUAUGACGUGAAGGAAACGGUCCAGUGUUUCCCUCUGAGGUAAAAAGAACAGACUCAGUAAUAGUUCCUUAAAUUUGUACUUAAGUUACGUGAUUCAGUAAAUGUACUUAGUUACAGCACUGGAGGGAGCUCACAGGGCUGAUGUCACAGCAGAGAGAAGGAUGGAGUGAUGAGUGAAGGAGUGAAGGAUGUAGGGAUGUCCUGAUCCAGCUUUUUCCACUUUCAAUCCGAUACCGAUAUUACAGCCUUGAGUUUUGGCCGAUACCGAUCCAAGCGCGUAUUAUACAUAUUCACUUAUUUUGUUGUCAGUCAUGUUAGAAAAGGUUUGAUCAAGCAAUAUUACUCUAACAAGAACAACUACUUAAUCGGGUUAGUAGUCUAACACUGAAAUUAAAAUAGCAGCAAGACUCCACACACUUGUGCUUUGGCCCCCUAAUUAAUAAAAAAUAGAUUAACACCACAAGACAUUGUUGACAUUUAACAAACAAUGCAGCCUUUCCUUUUCAGUUAUUUUAGUAGUGUUUCUGUAGUCCAUCCAUGGCUCCAGUUUCACCAAUUGUGCCCAAAACAAUGCCAUCAGUGCUCUUUACUUAAACAGUAAGAGUGUAAACCAAAUAAAAAUAUCACUCUCAAAAAACCAGAGCAGAAAACAAAUAGUCAGUUAACUAAUUGACCGCUACUCCUCCUACCCUCCCUGUGUGUGUCUGCCGUCUGCAUGCUGGCCUGGUGGACUGAUGGUAAGAGCUGGAGCGGAUCACUGGAAUGGACUGCUUGAAUCACAGAGCGCUGGGCUGGUCGGAAAACCUGGAUCGGACUCCGUGAAAAACUGGAUCGGAGUUCUUGGAUCGGCAUUUUUCCAUGCAGUCCGAUCCGAUGCCGAUGCACGUUUUUUGCUAAUAUUGGCGGCCGAUACCAAUCUGAAUAUUGGAUCGGGACAUCCCUAGAAGGAUGGAGUGAUGAGUGAAGGAGUGAAGGAGAGAAGGAUGGAGUGAUGAGUGAAGGAGUGAAGGAGAGAAGGAUGGAGUGAUGAGUGAAGGAGAGAAGGAUGGAGUGAAGGAUUGUGGGAAACAGUUAAACAUGUGGCUUCACUGUAGAAAGGCAAACAGAGACGAGAGAAAGAGUUUUAAUGGACAUUAACGAGCUGCAGAUUGAACGUCAGACGGAUCGACCAUUGAAGGCAGCACGCUGUCCGUCUGAUGUGUCAUCAGUCAGCGCCUCGCUGUGACCUCAACGAGUCACCUCCUUUUGUUUUUAAUACUUUAGAUUCAAUAACAGAUAUAGCCUGGAGAGAUUUAGAGUCUGGGCCUCACCGAUACACCCUUCCUACCCAAGGGGCCGCACUGACUCAGGCAUAUUAAAUGCCGCCGCACACAAUUGGAUAGCACGAUGGCCAAUCAGAGCAAAUAACAAGGUGACGUAUUCAUUGCACUGAGCCCCACUGGUUUGCUGUUUACUUUUCGACUCCUACGGCGCAGCGCUGUCCUCAUCAUGUUAAGCCCGCCCAGAGCCCGCCUCUGUCAGAUAGACUGAUCUGAUUGGUCCGAUGGCGAUUCAGCAGGCUCUGCUCGUCUGGGUCAGAUCCUUUAUUGAUCCUGUGUUUUUAUUGAUCCUGUGUUUUCAUUGAUCCUGUGUUUUCAUUGAUCCUCUGUUUUUAUUGACCCUGUGUUUUUAUUGAUCCUCUGUAUAUCGGUGUGUUUUAAGGGGUUAAAGUUUGUCAUGUUUCUUCUUCUGCCUUUGAUAAAAACUGAAAUAUUUUUGUUACUGUGUAUUUUUACGGUUAUUUUCAGACUUAAGAAUUAAAAUGUUCCUCGGGGUCGUUGUUAAACAUCUCCACAGAUAUGUUCAAAUAAACUCCACACGACAGAAA